UGCAGGGAUUUUCUGUCUGAAUUCUAUGGAAGCAGGUAGAUGAUCAUGUGAACGAUUCAGGAUGAGUAAUCAUGGAUGUAGUAUGGGAUACUAAGUAAAAACAGCGGUGCCUCCGUUUAAUUUAUGUUAUAUUUCAAGGCUACUGCCCGCGCGACUUGUUUAGUCUUUCUGGCGACUGAAAGUUGGCUCCAGUCUCAGCUACAGUGGUGAGGAUUUGAAGCUAGCUGUCAGGUAGUAGCCCACUAGCAAGCCACAUCAGCACCGUUGCUAUUGGUCAAUCACGUUAGCAUCAGUAGAUUUCAUUAUGGCAGACAGUAUCAUGAGCAAGGCUGCAACCAUGGAGAUCCCCAUUAACAGCAAUGGAGACACAGGCACUCUCCCAGAGGAUGACAGUCUGGAGCAGGAUCUGCAGCAGGUGAUGGUGUCUGGACCCAACCUGAAUGAAACCAGUAUUGUCUCUGGAGGUUAUGGAGGACCUGCAGGGGGCAUCAUCCCAACCAGCAGUAUCAAAGGACCCGCAGUUUACUUCAACCCUGAGUAUCUGGACAGAAGACAAGCCCCUGCACCAGGACCAGACAUUCGCAUGAAAUCCAGGGGUGUUAACUUGCCUAAAAGUCAAUCUGCAGCAAGUCGACUUGCCCACCACACAGAGCAGCAUCCAGGGUCGUCGAACCAUAACACAAAUUCAACUGAAGAAGUUUCUCGUGGUGUAGCAGUGGAGAAACUGGACAGUGUGAAGAAAUGGAGCAUAAACACGUACAAGUGUACAAAGCAGAUGUUCUCAGAAAAGUUUGGCCGAGGCUCACGGACAGUAGACCUGGAACUUGAGGCUCAGAUUGACGUGUUAAGAGACACGAAGAGCAAGUAUGAAAACAUCCUAAGACUGGCCACCGCUCUCACCGAUCACUUUCAAAGAAUUGUGCAGACGCAGCAGGCUCUAGGAGAUGCCUUCACUGACCUCAGCCAGAAGUCCCCAGAGUUGCAGGAUGAGUUUGGGUAUAAUGCAGAAACACAAAAGCUGUUGUGUAAGAAUGGCGAGGCUCUGCUUGGUGCCAUCAAUUUCUUCGUAUCCAGUGUCAACACACUGGUCAACAAAACAAUGGAAGAUACUUUGAUGACGAUUAAGCAAUACGAAAAUGCAAGACUUGAGUUUGAUGCCUAUCGCUCUGAUCUGGAGGAACUGAGUUUGGGACCAAGGGAUGCAGCUGGCGUGGUUCGCAUUGAGAUGGCUCAGCAUGAGUACCAGAUCCACAGAGACAAAUAUGAAAGGCUGCGUAGUGAUGUCACCAUCAAGCUUAAAUUCCUGGAAGAAAACAAGGUGAAGGUGAUGCACAAGCAGCUGCUUCUCUUCCAUAAUGCCAUCUCCGCUUAUUUUGCUGGCAACCAGCAGCAGUUAGAACAAACUCUUAUACAGUUCAAUGUAAAGUUAAAGCCCCCAGGAUCAGAUAAGCCAUCGUGGCUGGAGGAGCAGUAAUAUGCAUCCAGGGUUCAGCAUUUUGACAUGUACAGUUUCAUGCUGGCAUUGUGGUUAGAUGGCGAAUUUAAAUGGAUAAAGGAGUAUAUUGUAGAAUAAGUAGCAGCCAGAUAUAGCUCUUUUGUAAUGUUUUUCAGUAUGAUUUAUUACAUAGAUGGACAACUUUUUAAGUUGUUCUUAUGUUGUUUUAUGUUAAAUCACAAAAUUACCCCAUGUUAUUUUCUUACUCUUUAGUUAGCACAAUCAUUUCCAUCUCUUAUAUAUGUACAGGAUAGUCAACUAUUGUCGAGAUUCUCCUUUGCAGUUUGCACAUGCAUUAUUUUGAUGUAUUUGUAUUGUUGUGUAAGGUUCCCUUUUAAUAUUUCAGUGUACAUCAAAUAGGAGGAAUUCUUAAAAAAAAUAGCAAGUCAGCAGGGUACUGCUACAAUGUUCAGAAAUUAUAUUUAUUUUCCUUAUGCACAUGUGAUCAUGAGAUCAAUUUUAACACUUUUGAGUCAAACACAUCAGAAUAUAGAUUCAUUUUUAAAAUUGCCCCACUAUGUUUCUACUGUCACUGUUAAAAUCCCUGCCUGAAUGGUCAGUUUACAGUUUCUGUAGAGGGGGAAUAUAUAUAUACAGUAAAUAU